GCACUAGUCUACUGGUUUGCUUCACUUACGUCGGACCGCACCUGUCAACCUAAUCCUCAGGCACGCACUGUAUUCGUGGCCGCGUGGUAAAGAUAACAGUAGCAGUAAGUAGAAAAGAAGGAGGAGAACGAGAUUUAACUUGGAAGGGAGGUUGAACCGUGGCGCGGCCCUUUAAAACCGGAGCGUGUGUGCGCGUGUGUGUGAAUGUCUCCCGUGAGUCAGUAGAGUUCACUGAACCGUCGCGAAGAGACGUUUCCGCCCACAAGCAAGAUGGCGGCUCCCUUGCUGGAGAAUCUGUCGGAGUCCCUAGCUGCCCCGGAGCCAGCGGUUCGACUACUUCUCUCUAUUUUAAUCGGUUAUCCCUGUGCUCUGGUGUACCGGCGUUUCCUGUUCUACAAGCCUGCCACGGUCAUACACUUGUUCCACACUUUCUCUGGACUUGCUCUGGCAGCAUUCAACUUUGCAGGCCCCCAGAUCUAUCACUCUGCAGUAUGCGUCCUUGUCCAAUUCCUAAUGCUGAGGCUCAUGGGAAGGACUGUAACAACGGUCCUGAGCAGCUUUACCUUUCAAAUGGUAUACCUGCUGGCAGGAUAUUACUACACGGCGACGGAGGAGUAUGACAUCAAGUGGACCAUGCCGCAGUGUGUCCUCACACUCAAGCUUGUUGGUUUGUCAUAUGAUUACUAUGACGGCGGGAAGGAACCAUCUCAGCUGACUUCAGAGCAGAAGAUUUCAGCCCUGCCGUCUGUGCCCUCCCUGCUGGAGGUGUGUGGCUUUUCCUACUUCUACGGGGGCUUCCUGGUGGGGCCUCAGUUUACACUGCGCAGCUACCAGAAGCUGGUGGCAGGGGAGCUCACAGACUGCCCCGGACAGCCUCCGAACAGUAUUAUACCGGCUUCAAAGAGGUUUGCUCUGGGUUUUCUCUGCCUGGUGAUAUAUGCAAUAUUUAGUCCCUAUUACCCAGACAGCUACUUCUUAACAGAUGAGUAUGAUGCUCAGCCCUUCUGGUAUCGCUGUGUGUUCCUUCUGCUUUGGGCCAAAAUCAUCUUGUAUAAAUAUGUCAGCUGUUGGGUUAUAGCGGAAGGUGUAUGUAUAUUAUCUGGACUAGGCUACAAUGGCAUGGUGGAUGGAGAGCACAAGUGGGAUGCCUGUGCCAAUAUGAAGGUGUGGGUCUUUGAAACCACGCCACUGUUUGGAGGAACCAUCUCUUCCUUCAACAUCAACACAAACGCCUGGGCUGCCAGACAUGUCUUCAAACGGUUGCGGUUCCUGGGCAAUAAGUCCCUGUCUCAUGUGACCACACUCCUCUUUCUGACUUUUUGGCAUGGUCUUCACUCCGGAUACCUCCUCUGCUUCUCCAUGGAGUUCUUUAUCAUCACUGUAGAGAGACAGGCCCUGGCACUAGUGAGGGACAGUCCCUUGCUGUCAAAGCUGGCCAACAGCGCGCUCUACCCUCUCAUCUAUGUAGUCCAGCAGUUUCUCCACUGGCUCUUCAUGGGCUACCCCCUUGUGCCAUUCUGCCUCUUCACCUAUGACAAAUGGCUCAAGGUGUAUUCGUCCAUCUAUUUCUGUGGUCACGUUUUCUUCCUCCUAGCCUUUUUAAUCCUGCCAUACAUCCGUAAGGCGCUGGUGCCUAAGAAAGAACGGAGCCCGACAAAGCAGGAUUAAAACGUGCUACUAAAACUUGGCAUGGUCUGUCUAAGGCAAAAAUAUCCACUGAAGGGAACUGUGACUUUCAAGGAGCAGAAUGGAAAAUAUUUUAAUGCCUUUAGUAAUAUAUAUGUCCAUGUAAAAAUAAAUUUCUAUAUAUUUUUGUGUUUUAAAUGGGAAGGGAGUUUUUAUAAACAUUUGGAGAAAUGUUUACAGGAAAUCGUGCCACAUGGGGUAACUGUGAGCCAAUCAAGGGUGAAUUCCUGUUUUCUUUUUUUUCUUUUUUUUGGUGAAGAAACGUUGGACUGAGGAGAACCUGAGAGACUUACAUGCUGUCGACACAGAAUUGCACUCACCAGUCACGGGUUCAGUGUCUGUCUUUGUGUGUCUUUGUUUUUUCCAUUUCUCUCUCCGUCUACCACCUGCAUUUAGCAGCAUCAGACUUCACAAGAGGUUUAAGCACAGCGCCAGCCUAUGUGGCAAUUUCGUUAUUACAAAAAGACUUCCUGCAAAAGAUAGUUGAGGUAUAUUAAUAAUAAUAAUGAGAGGGCCUGUUUAUGGAAACUGGUCGCCGGUGGUUAUAUGAGCACUGUAAAUCACAUUGUAUAAUAAUCCCCAACUCAAAAUGGCCUUGUAUCAAUGAAUGUUUCUACAGUACUUUUGAUUUUUAAAGUUUUAACAGCUUUUAUGAAUAAGAACAUUUUGUAGCUUUGGGAUUUCAAGAAAUUAUUAGCAUUGUUCUCCUGCCUUUCCGCAUUGGAUGUUUUUCCUUAACAUGUUUACUCCUCUCCCUCUGUUCCGUCUGCGCCACUCCUGUGUCUCUCCGGGCCUCUAAAGCUCUUCAAUGCACAGAGGUAAAAGGAGACUUGUGCACUGCCCAACCAUAAAGUCACAACAGUUGAUCGUUUUGGUUCAUCCUAAUACGCUGAUCUCUGUAAAUGAGGUGGUUUUCUUCUUUUUUCUUUUUAAAUGGAGGCACACGUUUGAACUGGAAGCGAAAGGAACAAAAUGGGUUUCACUUAUGCUCUUCUGUUCAAAACAGCAGGCGGUAUUCAAAAGAAGUGCGAAGUAGAUGCAUCCUAUCCCUCUGAGGGAAUGGCACUUCAUUUUGUUUUUUUAUUUACAUUGUGUAUGGUGGGGGCAGGGGGGGCCGUGUUGUCUGUUCCACAGCAUGCUAGAGAAAGGCCCAGUUCCGCUGCCGUCCUCUCGCUGAGGCUGACACACACAUGGAGAGGACAAACCUCACUGUAGCAGCAGCAGCAGAGUUUAGUAAUAUUUAUACAUGACACGGUGAUUAUUAAUUGAUGUGAAUUGCUAUGUUAAGAGACUACUUUUUUGCCUUAUUCCUACCAAAUGUACAAAGUAAAAACUUGGAAUGGACACGGUGGGUUGGGAGUGAUUUUCAAAUACAAUUUUAUAAUGUUCAUUAAAAUGCUGCAUUUCAA